AUGCGACCACGUCCUGUGGUCUGCCGACUUUGGCAGCCCCUGCGCCUUCGAGCACCCGGGCCUCGCUGCCAGCAAAGCUUCACACCACGUCCUUCGACUCAAACCCAAUCCGCCAAUGUCAGCACGCGCUAUCGCCCUACCGUGUCCUCUCCAACAUCCUCGAAUUCGACACUAAUCCGCACAUAUGCCUCAGAGCGCACGCGAUACUGGCUGCGACACGAGUUCAAACUCUUCAUCCGUUAUGGGCUUAUAUCCCUGGCCGGUUUCGCCUGCUUCCAGGUCGUGUACUUCAUGUACCAGGAGGAAAAACUGGAACGGGAAUAUCCGACGCCGCAUGAAUGGGAAUGGCGGGAGCGUCAUAUGUUGCGAGAAGCGAAGAAGUGGACUAAACCGCAUGGCAACAAGUACGCCUCGCCAUCGCAGGCACUCCAACUAGCGAGAAACCUCUGCCUCGCACACGAGGAUCUAAAUCGAAACGGACACAAGAUCCCACGGCUACAUGAUCACGAAGAUCCGAAUGACGAGACACCUUGGGAAUUCAUCCCGCACGACAUCUCUGGAAUGAGCGAAGAAUGGAGGCGCGGGUACUUUGAAACGAUCAUGCUGGCGGCAAAAGCGGCCGGCGAUUGCGAUGGGUGGCUCAAGGACAAGGGACACAGUGGGAAGAUCAUGUGCUGGGAGCCAAAAUUUGUCAUCGGACCAUCGAACCCUCGUCCGGCACCCGUGCCCCCUGGUAGCCCACCACCUCCGCGCGAGGAGGAUUGCGAGGUAGCCUUCCCUGCAGCAGACCGGUUUUAUCUGAAGAUACUGGCAACACAGGGCCUUAACCAGCGGCAGAGGAUGCAGGCUGCACUAGAAUACGCCAACUUUCUGGAGCUGAAGCGCAGUGGCGAGGGGGCUGGGGCACUAUACGACUUGGCACUUGCGGAGGCUACGCAGGGCCUCGAUAAAGCAUCCCUGCCUUACGACCCUAAAACUCUGGUCAUGAAGGAGAAAAGACCAUUGCCUUCGCUGAACAUUUUCGAGGCUGUGACAGCCGUCGCUAACCACAAGGCUCGCGGUGGAGACACAGCCUCUGCUCUGCCAAUGUACAUUUCUCUUCUCAAAGUCCGCCGUGCGUUGCCCACAAAGGCCCCGCGCGUCCCCGUGCAGAAGAGACCCAAGCCCUCGACGAUGCAACGGAUUGUCGACUUUGUGUCGGAACCCGACUACCCCGCGCCUCCGACAGAUGGUACGCAGCCUCCGUGGCGCAGCCCUGAAGAGCGCUGUCAAGAAGCAUCUCUUGACCUAUUUAUAGGCGAGAUCCUCUAUGCGUCGUCAUCGCAAGAGGAUGGCGUGGCAUGGACACGCGAGGGUGUGGAUCUUGCCGAAGAGCAGAUGCGCGAGCUCAAGUUGACAGAUGGCCGGGAUGCAGCCAUCGCCAAGGAUCGAUGCCGUGAAUGUCUGAAGACAGGGCUGGAUAAUUGGUCCUUAAUGGUGACGCGUCUCAUGCGAGAAGAGCAGCAGAAGAAGAAAGAGGCAUCCAAGCCCAGCGCCUUGUCUUUCUGGAAUAGUGCGCCGCAAGAGACGGAAGGGCGGUGGGAGGCGGAGGCGACGGUCGUCAAGGAGAGGGUGAAGAGGACGCUAGACCUUGUGGAUGACACCCGCCCCAUGAUGGGUGCUGGUGCCAAGUCGCUUUUCCAAGCAUGA